AUGGCAUUAAAUUGUUUCAAAUUGAAAGAAGCCGAACUUGAACGCGUCGAAGAAAUUCAAGAAGGUUCACGUCCUACUGCUCGACUGGAUGCGCUUAGUAAACCCUCCUCGCAGUCUCCUUGCACGGAUGGGACUACUCCUCUCAACGACAGUGGAUCAACGAGGUUCGAUAAACCUCCUCGGAAGUCAGGAACCUACGAUAAUACACAGCGCUGUCGUUCAGCAAUAACCGGGCGCCAUCCAGGUUUUCACUCGUCCACCUUUUCUUCGUGUAUUUCGGCAAAAUCGGAAACAAAAGAAAGCACAUAUUCCGCAUUAGACAGUUCCAAAGGCGGUAAUUGUUUUCGUCAACCAUUACCAUCACAAACUGGUCAGAUCACGGAACUAGAUCCACCUAACGCUCAACUUUGUCAAUCACAUUUUACUCCACAAACCACUGGAACGAAAACCAAAGCCUUCGGUUGUCUCGUUCGUAGUCAAUCUGAUUCGACCUGUUUAUCCAUAAAAACACACAAAAGUUCUGCUACCACUGAGCUUAGAGCGAAAGUGGAUACGGGACGAAUAGGUGUCACGGAUAAUAAUCACCGACCUGACGACGUACCUUAUGAUUCUCUCUCUUCUAUUGCGGAUACCUCAACCCUUGAUCCACUUCACAGCAGUAGUUCCGAAUUAGACGCAUAUCCUGUCAGUGUAGAAAUUUUCCCGCACAAUGACCUAUCCCAUCGAUCCGGUUUCUAUGACCCCAUGAAUUCAUGUACAGAGUCUCCCAUUGAAUCGGAAAUUACCAAACCUUUUCGUCCAGUCCCUGCCACACGAACCUAUCAACUUGUGUGUCGGGAUGGUGUUCAGAGCUAUGAAGUUGUUACGUCCACUCACAUCCGUGAAUCCAGUUUGGGUUCGGAUUGUAAUACCCGUUUGUCUGAUGACUCUUGUGCUUCCCCCGUGCUAUCACAGAAAAAUCAUUCGGAAAUAUCAAAUGUUCUGACAGAUGUGAAACACGGACAACAUCGCUCCAGUCAGUCUUCCGGCACCGUGGACUCAAAAGUUCGAAGUGUUUGGCCGUCACAACGCCACGGUCCGACGGAAAGCACGGAAUAUACUUAUGCCUACGGGGACAGUAGUAAUAGCAGUUACGUGAGUAAUCGGCAGAAUUCCGGUGGUAGUAGUGACCUGACAACUCCUAGCAGUCCUCGUCGAAGUCCACGGCCUACCGCCACUGGUGAAUCAACACGGGUGGCCACCGCUGCAUCGGGUACGCAAGCUGUCAACCUGUACAAUCCACAUCAUGGUUACGUUCGCCAAGCCACUGUCGUACAAGCCCCAGCAAACGGUACGGUACCUUCCACGUGUGUCGUGGAAGGGGUAAGCAGCAGCAGUGGCAGUAGUACUGCCGCUUCAAAACGUGCCCAGUCUUAUUCCAGCCAACCUCCUCCACGCAAUUCACCCGAUCGAUUUGCUGUUCCUUCAGAUACUGGGUCUGAAAUGACCGUAAGCGAACUGCGAUCCAUCGCGGAGCGCCAACGACAACAACUGUCCCGACAAGCGCAUCAAAUUCAAUCCCGUGAAGAACGUCUGGCAUACCUUCGAGCAACGCAGGCCGGCAGAGAAAGCUCAGAUAAGGUUCCAUCUACCGGGUCGGAAUUGACGCACGAACAGGAGACGCGGCUGCAAAAGUUACGCAACUAUAGGGGUCAAACCGAACGAACCCGAUUGACCAACGAUAAUUUAGGCAAGACUGUUCAAGUGAUAUUAGUGAAGGAAAUUGACAACUUUGCCCGUCUUCUGUCGUCCAAUGAGCUCGAAUUAGAAGCCUGUCGCCGACGCAAAGAAGAAGCCCAACCGAAUAGCCCUGGUCAGCCUAACACUACAAAAGCCAAAGGGAAUGAGGCGGCCUCUGCUGAACUGGAACGUCCUGUAGACCUAUUAUCAUUUCAAUUCCCUUUCGCUUCGGAUCGGGAUAAAAAGCGGUGGCGUGAUGGCUUGAUGGAAGCGGACUAUUUGGAUCGACAAAUUGCUCUCGCUUUAAGUCAUAACGGACCGGUUCAACGUGGCCCAAUCUCCCCUGCUUCAACGGAGUAUGACGUGUCACGGAUGCCCAGUUCUCGGUCCUGUAAGUCGUCCACCACGAUUCCCGCAUCGACGGCUGCACACAGUGGGAAACCGAAUACCGGGCCUUCCCUCCCACCUGGGGAUCCUACCGGUAUGGCAUCUCAGCAGACCACCAGUUCCGGAUUCAGUUCUCUGCUUUCUCGCGCCAGCAGCCCACCCACCAGCCGGCGUACCUCCUUGAGAAUGCUGUUACAUGCCGCGAACUCCACCGGAGCUUAUUCCUCAAACAGCAAAACUCCGGGCGCGGCUUCUCAAACAGGAGGAGUCACCUUUUCUUUCCCAAGGCUUAAAGCACCACCUCGUUAUGCAUCGCGAGCUGUGAUUAACGAGACGUAUAUGCGUCGCAUUCGUCGUGAUAGAGUAGAGAACUACAAACGAACUGCCAAUGAGAUUUAUCGGGCCAAUGUCGAUCGCAUGGCGUCGAAACAACAACAAUUGAGCACUCCCACCACGACGGAGCCUCGCACAGAAUCCCGAUCAUCCUCUCAAGAUCAGAGCUCUUUAGGUUCGAUUGGCUCCACCAUAACCGCCUCCGAAGGUCAGGUGGGAUCAACAGACGAGGCUCAUCGCUUUCCUUCACAUGAGCCUGGAACAGUACAGCAGUCAUCGCCUUUGGAUUCUGUCACGUCAUCGUCAUCAUCCUCACUAGAAUUGGUGGGAAUCGAAUCGCCUGGAUUAAGCAUAGUGAAAGGCCCACAGCCGGGUUCAAGCUCAGUUGAUGAAGAGGCGAAACAUAGUCAAGCGGAGGUAGACAGCGGCUUGGGUGGUUCCGAUGAUACAGGUCCCUCUGAGAGAACUCAGGCUAGUGCGUCAAACGAACCACAGGACGCUAACGAUCACGCUUCGAAUGCAGUGGUGUAUGUAAUCGACGAUCUCCACGGACCGGAACUUAGCCAAACAACAACAUCGCAUAUCAAACCGAUUCUGCGAAAAUCUCCCAAAUCUCCAUCUGGGCACAGCAAGAAGGCCGGGGAUAGUGGGGCCGACGUCACAAGCGAUGCUACCGCUUCGUCUCAAUCAUCCCAGUGUCGAUCCAAUUCUGUUCGGUUUCAUCCACUUGCUCUUCUGUUGGAUGCAGCACUGGAAGGUGAUAUUGAUCUUGUGAAGAAAGCUGCCGCACAGGUGUCGGAUGUUUCUGAACCAAAUGACGAAGGGAUUACUGCGUUGCACAACGCGGUCUGCGCUGGUCGUAUGGAUAUUGCAGAAUUCCUCGUACGGACAGCGGGCGCAGAUGUGAACGCUGGCGAUACUGAUGGUUGGACUCCGUUGCAUUGUGCAGCUUCGUGUGCAAAUUUGCCACUUGCUAGACUUCUGGUCGAACAUGGAGCGUCGUUGCACGCACGCACUUUGUCGGAUCAGGAAACUCCUUUAGAAAAAUGUGAUCAGGGUGAUGAUGAGGCCGAGUGUGAAGAAUAUUUAUAUUUUCAACAAGAGCGACUGGGAUCAGCUGCAUCUGGCCGCGUGUACGUCCUGUUUCCACGUGGACUUGAAGCUGCGGGUCCGGGAUCUGCUGACGCUCACGUAGAACCGGACGAACUGUCCGUCCGGCCGAAUGAACCUCUGACCAUAAUUGAUCGUGAACCUCUGGGUGAAACCGAAUGGAUGCUGGCGGAAAAAGCCGAUGGAACCCGUGGCCUUAUUCCUCGUUCGCAUAUCUCGUGCUAUCCGCUAGUGCGCAUUCCACCGGCAAGUCUUCCAAUUCCACUACGUGCACCUAAACCCCGGCGAUUUGAAUGGUGGGAUGAUGAAGAUGUGGACGGGUCGGGUGAUGCAGGUGACGGAGAUGAAAAUGAUGAGGAUGCAGAAGCGGAGCCGGAGGAUGAGGAAGAAGACCUCACAGUUCCGGCGGAUAGAGCUUGUGGUUCAUCCGAGGACCCCAGAUCUCCGGUUCUAGUUGAGGUAGACACACCCCAACGGGAGACACCAGAUGUAGACCUGAUUCCUGAACCUGUCUCGAGCGGCACUAAUUCCACAGAACCGUCGCAUACCAAAUCUGGAAUGGCCGGUUCUGCUGCAGGUAUCACUAUCUCUUCCCGACUGACCAUUGAUCCAGUGGAAAAAUCGACAAAUGUAAGAUUUGCGGUUACCUCCGUUGUUGAAUCCAUUGUCAAAUGA